AUGGACCCCUCUAGAUCCCAAGAUGAUCCCCCUCCGCGCUUUAUUGAUAACCCAAACAACAACGCGAUGAACCAGCCUGACCCGUCUGACUUUGACAUCGCUGAUUCUUUGAAUCGCAUGUCUCUGGCAAAUGCUGCGGCAAUCCCACUACCAACUUCGCCAUCUCUUUUAUCGCCUAACGAUGUCUCAUCGCGCCCCAUCCCAGUCAACCAACAACCCGCUCCAAGACGCACCCCCAGCUCCAGCUCUCUGCGCGACGAACGUCGCAAAUCAAUCCCUGCCCUACAAAAGCGCCAGUCAACCGCGUCGCUACGAUCCGUUUCUGUAACCAACGGCCCCUCUUCUCCACUCGCCGACUCGUCGCGUCGUUCCUCCGCUAAUUUCGCGGGGUCCCCGACCUCCGCCGCGUCGCCCGCAAUGUUGCCACCGCGGCUCGCGUUUGCCCCUCCAGAGCCCCAGGGCCCCACGGCAGCUUCCAUCGCGGCAGAACACUUCCAGAAAGAGGUCGAUCUACACCAUGCGGUCGAUCUGGGUUCCAAAACAGUCGUUGUGAUCCACGAUGCAUGUUACGGCCAUCGCUUCUCACGCCCGCGAACAACCAGAGCGCAACUAAGUACCAUCGUGGAAAGACCAGAGCGGAUUCGUGCUUGUGUAGUAGGCAUCGCUGCUGCUUAUGUUCGUCUCGGUCGUCGACAUGCUGGGGAACUAUUUGCGCCUCACCCACAGCUUGAUCUGCAUCUCUUACCUCCGCCACCAUUCCAGAUUCGCAAAUCGUCGCGCUCAUUGCCACUGACCGAUGAAGCUGUUACUAGCGUCCAUGGAAAUCUAUGGAUGACAGAGCUCAAAGGCAUGUGUGAUCUUGCAGAAUCGCGCCUCGCCUUGACUGGAAAAGAACUGGUUCGAAAUCGCACCCAGGAGAAUGAUGGCCUAGCUUCUAGCGGGCCAGAAUUACACUCGGGUGACUUGUAUCUAUGUUCAGAAUCGCAGAAUGCUUUCCAAGGCGCAUUGGGUGGUGUCUGUGACGGACUCGACCUUGUACUUGGCCCGGGUCCUACUACACGCGCAUUCGUUUGCAUCCGUCCUCCAGGCCAUCACUGCUCAGCAGACUUCCCCUCGGGAUUCUGCUGGAUCAAUAACGUGCACGUCGGGAUCUCAUAUGCAGCUACUCAGCAUGGAUUAACGCAUGCCGCUAUCCUCGAUUUCGAUCUGCACCAUGGCGACGGCUCCCAGGAUAUCGCCUGGGACCAUAACCGGAAAGCAUGGUUUGCUUCGCGCAAGUCGUCACCUUACGAAAAAACACCUAUUGGAUACUACAGUCUUCAUGAUAUCAAUUCUUAUCCUUGCGAAGACGGCAAUCCAGACAAAGUUCGUAACGCUAGUGUCUGCGUUGAUGGUGCACACGGACAGUCAAUUUGGAACGUCCAUCUUGAUACAUGGGGAACCGAGCCAGAAUUUUGGAAACUGUACAAGACCAAAUAUGCUGUUUUGAUUAAUAAAGCCCGUACAUUUCUUCGAAACCAUACCAAGCGACUUACUGAAAAUCCAACUGGACCCCCUCCGAAAGCUGCGAUCUUCAUUUCUGCAGGAUUUGAUGCAAGUGAAUGGGAAGGUGCUGGCAUGCAACGGCAUAGGGUUAAUGUUCCGACUGAAUUCUAUGCAAAAUUUACCGCGGAUGUGGUUCGGAUGUCUGAAGAAGAAGGGUUAGGUGUCGAUGGGCGUGUUAUCAGUGUCCUGGAAGGCGGUUAUAGUGACCGUGCUCUCACCAGUGGUGUUCUCAGUCAUAUUGCUGGGCUGGGAAAUGCGUCUGCAGAUACUCCGCCUUCACGAAUGCCCAGCCUUGCUGCUACAUUGACCAAGGAAACCAUGAAGCCUAGCCAGUCGGAGUAUGAUAUUGACUGGUGGUCUCCUCAACAUCUUGAGGAAUUGGAAGCGCUCGUGGCUCCGCCAAUCAAAACUCGUGACAAAUCUGCGCCAACCUUCUUGAACUCGACUCGCUCAUUCUCAGCCAAGGUAGUUACGCCGACAUGGGAGCGCAAGAAUUUUGGAUCCUACCCAGGCCUUGAACCUAGCCUUCCCCCUCUGCCAGAUGUGGGUUGGGCAACAGCCGCGCAUGAGUUAUCAAAGGUGCUCAUUCCGGAGGAUCGGCAGACUAUGAGCUGCAAGCCUGAGGAUCUCAACGCCGCAGCUUCUCGUCAACGGCUUGAGCGGCAAGUUGCGCUUGAUGGCGGCGUGAUGAAUCCAGCGAUCAUCCCCCCCCCCCUCCAGCCCCUAUUGACGAUAAACGGCAACUUCGCGUGA